AUGUUACUCAAAAAUUCGAUAUUGAUCACGGCUGCUCUGGCCGCAACUGCGGCAGGUACCACUAUUUCCGAAAAUACUGUUACCACGGGAACUCUCAAUGUUGGUACAGGUCCAUUUGAAGUCAAGCCAAAUGUAUACUGGUCUAUCAUCAAUAAUGCGGUGACGUCGAUUGCUGGCUCCCUUACUGUAGGGUCAGGAGGUGGUUUAUACAUUACUUCUAUUAGUGACAAAAUUGGUUUAAAUGUCGGUCUUGCAAGUACCACUGAUACCAUUUCAAACGAUGGUAUUAUUUCCUUUAACUCAGUCGAGUCAUUAACUGCCCCAAUCUACGGUCUUGUAGGUGGUAGGUUCAUCAACAAUGGUGAAUUCUAUUUAAGUGGCGAUGGGUCUGUGAACAAACCAUUAAUGGGAUUGACAGCUGCUGACUGGACUAACAACGGUUUGCUAACCUUUUAUCAAAAAACCAGAUCUCACGGUUGGGUUACUCUUGGUCAAUUUUUGAGACCAAUCACCAACGAAGGUCAAAUUUGUCUUUUCAACCAAGCUUAUAUUCAAACUUCCCCAGUUCAAGGUUCUGGAUGUAUCACCAUCGGAUCACACUCCAACAUUUACGUUGAAAACCCACAAUUAAGCUUUGAUCCGAAUCAAACCCUUUACAUGGAGGGUGCUGAUUCUACCAUUAAAGUUGAAGUUUUUAGCCAAACUAACACCAUAACUGUUGCUGGUUUCGGAAAUGGUAAUGUAAUUGGGUUGAACUUGAUUCUUAAUUCAGGCGUUCCUUUGGAAAAUAAUGCCUUUUCCUAUGAUGCCAGCAACGGUAUCUUGACUCUUAAUUCUGGUUCCCACAAGCAAAACUUCAAGAUUGGUACUGGCUACGACCCAGAAUUAUUUGAAGUUGUUACUCCAAAUUAUGGUGGAUUGAUCCAGGCUACAAGAAAUGCUGGUAUUACGUACAAAGGUCCCGUUCCUAACCCAGGUUUGCCUGCUGCUUGCAAGCCAUGUAAGGCUAUCCCCGAUGUUCCUGGAACUAGUACUACAUCGUCAGCCAGUUACACCGCCACUGCAACUCCCUCUACGUCGGAGUCAGUACCUGCAUCUCCUACAGUAACAUCUACCAACACUGCUACUGAUGCUUCAUCAACUACAGACUCGUCUUCAGCACCAAGUGGCGUCUCAUCAACAGCUACACCUCCAACUUCUGUUUCAUCUGACAUACCCUCGGGUACCCUUUCGGCCACCGUUCCAACCGGUUCCCCAUCUGGACCAACUACAACUGGUAAUGGCAACGGAGGCACUCCAUCUGGUUCCCCAUCUGGCCCAGGUAAUGGCAACGGAGGCACUCCAUCUGGUUCCCCAUCUAGUUCCCCAUCUGGACCAACUAAAACUGGUGAUGAUGGCAAUGGAGGUGCUCCAUCUGGCACUCCAUCUGGCACUCCAUCUGGACCAGGCAAUGGCGGCUCUCCAUCUGGUUCCCCAUCUAGUUCCCCAUCUGGACCAGGCAAUGGCGGCUCUCCAUCUGGUUCCCCAUCUGGACCAGGCAACAGCAAUGGUGAUUCCCCAUCUGGUUCUCCAACCGGCCUUACAAAUGCUUCAACUACUCUUAUCACCAACGCCGUCAUUCAGACUUCUACCAGCACCACAGCUGGCAGUAACAACGAGAAUGGAUCCAAUGGUAGUGGGAACGGUGAUAUUGGUAGCGGAAAUGGCAGCAAUGUUCACAACUCACCUUCUGCAGUCGAACCAGUGGCCAACGCUGCUUCAUCUAAAUCUGCUUCUACCUUUACUGUCUUGCUUCUCGCGGUAUUCGCGACUUUUGCUUUUAUGUAG